AUGGCAGACAGCAAUGAGAUGAUCAUCAACCUUGUUGUCCUUGGAAGAACUCAGACCGGCAAAAGCGCUGCUGGGAACAGCCUGCUGGGCAGCUCAGACUUCGAGAGUAUUUGCUCCCCAAGCUCUGUGACUGCCUGCUGCAGCCUUGGACGCAGCUGCCGCAUUUCAGGGAUUAUACGAAGAAAUGGCGGUGAGAUAGCUCUCCGUGUUCGAGUACUUGACACUCCAAGCUACCCUCACAGCAGUCUGAGCAAAGAGCAGGUGAGAGACACAGUGAGAUCAGCCCUAGCUCACCACUUUGGCGAAGAAGGCCUGCAUCUAGCCCUCUUGGUCCUCAGGGCUGACUUGCCUCUGUGUCCAGAUGACAGCGAUCAUACAACGAAGUUCAUCCAGGAACUUCUGGGUCCCACAUGGAAGGAUUUCACUGCAGUUCUACUUACUCAUGCAGACAAGGCAGAAGAGGCCGGAUUCAGGGAGGAAGCAUACUUGCGCAGUGCCUCAAGUACCCUGUUGUCACUUCUGAGCUCAGUACAGAAUAAAUACAUUUUCCUAGACAACCAUAAGAGCAUAACUAAAGAGGAAAGAGCUAUUGUCUUAAGAAAGAUCUUGAAUUUUAUAAGGCGAAAUAAAUACCAAGUGCUUCUACCUAAACACAACAUGGAAUAA